AUGCAGGGCGCCACCACCGUUCUUCAUUGCUUUGUGAAGCUUCUGGCUCUUGUGCUAUCUAUUACCGCAGCGGUGAGCGCGGCGAAUCCGUAUGAGGUCGCGGAAUCGUACAUUGCCGCGACCUCAGCGGCAACAGCAACAGUAGAUGCAGCUGCAACAGGUGUCUCAGAGAUUUUAGGGCAGCAGAAAUACCCUUCGCCGUCCAUCUCUAAUUUCUGCCACGCGCCUUCUGAGCCCCCCCUAGAACCGCGUGGGAGCUUCGAUGGAAGUCCCCUGUACUUGCAGGCACGGAGGCUCAUGAGCCUCUACGCUUCAGAGGAAAGCCGGUCGCAUCCUCGCCGUCAGAGCCUUCGUGCAGCGCCAAAAGAAAGCGCAAAAGCUACAGAAUCAGCAGCAAUACAUCCAGGAGAAACAGACCCGUACUUGGGAAGGGCGGGAUGCGACUCGCCGCCAGCCCUUGCAAUAAAGGCUUUGCAGUUUGCUGCAUCUCUUGCUCAGAUACCUGCUGCUACUGCUACUGAGAGCGAAAGCUACGUGCUGCCCCCCGUAGCUGCACUGCUGCUCACUGGCGACUACGCCGCGCACUUUGCAGACUCGCAAGUUGGCAACAGGCGGGAGGCUUUGAAGCAGUGGACCGCUGCUUUGCUUCGCCAGUUCCCUCAAACUUGCACCGGCGCAGCAGCUUCUCACCAAGAGCUUUCCCAGCAGUGCACGCAGUUGCUGCUUGUACCUGGGAACAAUGAUAUGUCAGCAGACUACUUGGUGCCCUCCGCGCGUCCCGAGUGGACCACGUUCCUUUAUGAGCUGUGGAAACCCGCAUUGCCAGCAGAUCCCGAAACGAAGGAGACAUUUAUGCGUGGCCUUUACUACAAGACGCAUCUGUGGACGGUUCCUGAGAUCAGGGUUUUGUGUCUUAACACUGUCCUAUAUUCCGUUGAUGCCAAGAAGAAGCUGGAACGCCUCAGGCUCCCAGCCGCUGUCCGAGCUGAGGCACACGAAGUUGAUCCAGGUGCUCUCACCCUCCAGCUUUGCCAUGUACUCUAAUAUUCAGGGGUCACAGUCUCGCUUUCAGGGUUGAGGGCUGUGAUGGUCUGAUGUCUACCUGCAGCCGGGCAGUUUGCAUGGAUGCGGCAGCAGUUGCAGGAAGCGAGAGACUUGGGAGAGCAGGUGAUAAUUGCAGCGCACAUCCCGCCAGGCUUUAAUUCUCAUCUAAGGCUCGGCUUCUCCGAGAAAGGCUUGUGGAUCUCCCGGCAUACUGAAAUGUACCGCUCCUUAGUCUCGGAUUUUUCAGACGUUGUUAUCUCGCAAGCCUUUGGGCAUAUCCACUUUGGGAGCGUCCGGGCCCUCAUACCCAAGCCAGAAAGUAGGGGCCCUGAAGCCCUCACCGCUAUGCUAGGAGCUCCAGCAGUUUCGCCUAUUCAUGGAAAUAACCCGGCAAUAGCUGCCCUGGUGUUUAGGCAGGCACCCACUGAGGGGGUCGAGAUGGGGAAGCGCCGCCUGAUUCUCUCGGACUACGUGCAGUACAGUUUGCCCUUGUACGGGUUUGUGGGAAUGGCGGGUAGGGGCAUCCACGUACCUGAGUUCGGGUUUGAGUUUAGCCUGCACCAGGCAUUUUUCCCUUUCAUGGACCGAAUGCGUCAGCUGUCCCCAGCUUGGAACCAAAAGAGGAAGAGCCGGGAUCCAGAUGGGGCCCCACCCCAGAUCGAUGGAGCUCUUGCAGUGAACAUAGGAAAGGCCAUUAGGACUUCCCCAAUGUUCUUCGCUCUCUACGAUUGGCAUGCAGCGGCUGGAGGGCUCCGCAUUUCAAGUAAAGUUCGUAGCUGCGAGGUACUGUCUCUUAUUGACGAGGAGCUGAAGGAGUGUCUUGCUGACACCGAAUACUACGUUCAAUCCUCGGAGCCAGAACUUUAA